CCGUAAUUUUUGCUGAAGGAAAACAAAGACCAUAUUUUUGUACUUUUAUUUAUGGAAAACAAGAUAUAAAGAUGCCAAGUGGACGGCGUAUUUUAUCCCGUAUACAGUCAAAUUCUUAUAAUAACAGCAGUAAAGGAGGGAAUGGAAGUCACACAGAAGAUAGAGAUUCAAAUAUGGUGCCCCUGGCACAGAUGGCUGUUCUUCCAAAACACUGCUACCUUCCAGAAAUCCCUAGCGAUCCCAACAUGUCAUUUGAGGCCAUGUUGUAUUUCUUUGGAGUGAUAGCCAUGGGACUACAGUAUAUUAAUCUGUAUCGCACUGUGUGGUGGCUCCCGCACAGUCAUGCAAAUUAUGCCCUUAAUUUCUAUCUGAUUGAUGUUUAUCUCGUGCUGUUUUUAUGUUUCCUGAUGUGCAGAAGGAUUGUUUGGUGCUUUGUUCAAGAGAUAUAUGGAUCUAGGUCCACAAAGAGUGUAAUAUAUUGGGUUGUCCAGCUAGUAAAAGGGGUACUUUUGGCUAUUAAUGCCCUUGGCCUGGUCUAUACAGCGUACCAGGUCAUUACAAACCACUCAGCUUUGUAUUGCCUGUUUCUGUCAUGUCCAGCUAUUACUUAUGUUUUCCUGUUCGGUCCUUCCAUAAAGCCUUUGUACCAUAAAAGUCUGGUGUGGCCUUCACCUGUGUGCGAUCGACCACGUCACAAGAGGGAGGAGGAUGAGGUCAUUUUGUACCAUAAUUGUGUGUUGACCCCUGAUGUAAUUAGGUCAGAGGUCGACCAAUUUAAGUCAGACUUCAAUAAUAGGAUCAAGCAAGUUUUGUUCAAUUCACUCCUUACAGCAUACUACAUGACCUUUGUACCACUGUGUUUUGCUCAGAAUCACCUUAACAACCCAGAGAACACUUUGUAUUACGACACAUGGUGGGUGGGCCAGCAUGUUGUAGUCACAUGGCUCUCUGCGUUUCUGAUGCUGAUAGUACAUUACCUACCCCCUAAAUACCUGGAUCUGUUACACAGGACAGCUCUCCAUUUGGGUCGCUGGCAAAAAGUGGAGGGGAGACAUGCCCAUGUGCCAUAUAAUGCGUGGUCAGAGUUGACAGUUUGGCCACAAGGUGCGCUGGUCAAACAUGUAAAGGGGUUGUUUAAGGCAGAGGGGAUCAAUGUUACAGCAGAGCCCGGCAAUGGAAUGCAUGGCAGAUUUUAUUUUCUUUUUCAUCAGCCAAUGAGAGUGGUAAACUGGUUACUUAUUUUAACAUGGCUCCUGGUGGGUUACCAGUUUUUCUGUCUCCUACAAAGCACGGAGUGGAACCAUAUUGUCUGCAUAGCUCUUGUUUUAUUCUGCAAUUAUUAUACUCUAUUCAAGCUUUUAAGGGACAGAAUUAUUUUAGCCAAAGCUUAUAAAGAGGAAAUUUCAGAGGAGGAAAAGUGACAUUUUACCAUGACUUUACAUGCACAACAUUUAAAAAAUAUGUGUAUUUAUUUAUUAAAGCUGACCAUGCCAAAAUGAUAUCAAAAGUAUGAGAUUUCUUUGAACUGAAAUCUUCUUUAUAAUGCACUUUUUCUGCAUACUUGAUGAACAUUUGUGGCCCAUCUUCAUUUUGCAUGGGAUGCUGGAUAACUUAUGUUUGUUGUACAGAUGUAAAAGUGCUAAAUGUUAAUUCAUGCUGAGCAUGUCCUAAGUAUUCUACAUAAAUAAAUAUAUUUGCAGCAUUGAA